GGUGGGCUCGUGUCACUAAUUUGAUUUUCUUUUCACAUAUCGCAUUAAAUAACGUGUACCUUCUUCUAACGUGUUCUUAUUAAAUUAAGAAGCACAGUGGCUCGUAAAAGUGGCGCGUGAUUUCAUUUGGUCAAGAGCAGCAUUGAGUUUAACAUAGCAUAACUUGGAGAAGACAUUUAUACUUUUAAUUAAGAAGUUAGACAGAACAUAUAAUAUUUGAACGCACUCUAUUUGAGAAUUAAGGCGCGGUGUGCAUUUAAAUUGAAUUCGUUGGGGUGGUAUAUGUGUAGAUUUUAGCCGUCAUGGAUCCCAGUGCUCUACAAAACAUGGAUCGGGACGCAUUGAAAAAACAAAUAGAGAACAUGAAGUAUCAGGCAUCGAUGGAGCGAUGGCCGUUGUCUAAGAGUAUUGCAGAAAUGCGAUCUUUCAUCGAAGAAAACGAGAAGAAUGAUCCUCUAAUCAACGCUCCAGAUAAAAAGAACAAUCCGUGGGCUGAGAAAGGAAAAUGCGUUCUCAUGUAAUAUUAUCGCCAACCACAAAAGUAUCAUACCAAAUUCCAUAAAUAUCCCAUUUAUUACUAUAAUCAUCAUAAUAAUGCCAAUAUCGAGGAAAAUGUAAAAGUUAUAUCCAAUAAAAUUAAUAUUGCAAAUAAUGAUGACAUGCAACAACAACAAUAUUCAACUAUUACUAACAUUAACUACAAUAGUGAACAUCAAAAAUCAGACAAUUUUAAUAUGAUGCGCUUCCAUGGUAUUCCCCUAAAUCCAGAAAGUAUUCAACAGCAUCUUGAUCAAGUUAAUUUAGAACGUGUCGCCUACUAUGCGGAAACGGAGGAAGAUAAUCGAAUUUUAAAUAUGAAUGAUGUAAUGUCAUACUAUGAUUGCAAUUAUUACAAUGACAAGAAAGAUUACUUAUACCAUUGCUAUACUUUAAAUAACAACCAGCACGUUAACGAUGAAUCCCAUUUCACGGUUCAAGUACUAAUACGUCACUUGAAACGACGUACUCUGCAAAAGAUCUCACAACGUCCAAUGCUUUUACAUAUUUUUUCACUCUUCAUGUGGUUCCAUGGCAAAUUUUGGAAAUUCUACUAUGAGACACUGAUACGAAGAUUACAGUAAACAGUAAUAGAAUACUGUUAAAGUAACAGUAUGCUGUUAAAGCAAGAGAAUAAUGUUAAAGCAACAGACUAUUGUUUUGUUAUGCAACAGAAUAUUGAUAAAGCGAGAGACUACAUUCAAUGUAACAGUAUACUGUUAAAGCAACAGAAUACUGUACUGUUAAUGCAAUGAGCUGUGAAAUUGAUAUUUAAAUACGUUAAUGCUCAUCAACACCAUAUCUUUUACACAUUUUCUACAUAUAAAUUGGCGCGUUCGUUUCAUACAUAUGCAUACAGCGCGUUACCAACCAAACCGAUUGGCGGAAAGUUAUGCCUGGAUAAUUUACUUACUUACAAGUUGUGAAAGUUUGUAUCACUUAUAAGGGACUGUGUAAGCAAGCAAGUGCGUUUAUUGUAAAAUGUCAAAGGUUUAAUCCGUUCAUAUACUCAUAUUAAAAAUAUUUAACACAAUAAAAAAAGUAAAUUAUUCCUGUGUGCAAUUUCAUAUACUAAACGUAUAUUGUAACAUAUUUAUAGACAUGACAGUCAUUACUCGUAUUAAUAAGCAAUUUUCCGAACCAUACAGAAAGAAUACUGCAAAUUUUUUUUGUUAUCUUUACUAUUAAUUAUUAUUUAGCAAUUAAUAAAUUUUUAUUUUUAGCUUAUUUGUUUAAAAAUAUAUAUCUUAGUUUGCAGCUUUAAUUAUUUAUUUUUUUUUAUUUAUUAUUUUGUUUGCUUUUUUUGUUAAAAUGUUUUUAAUUUUUGAACGCCUUCACCACCUAUAUAUAUACCAAUAUGUGUGAAACCCACGUUUUAUGAAACUCGUCGCAUAAUUCCAUAAAAAACAUUAAAAAUCGCAUAUACCAACAAACCACCAAAAAUUACAUAGUAAUUUAGUGUACUAGCUACUGCAGGUAAAAGUAUAAAACCGUCUCCCGGGACCCACCCUAUUGUCAAGUGAAAGUGAAAUACGAUAUAACGAAAUAAUUAAAUUGAAUUAAAAAAAUCAACAAAUGAAUACAUCAAUCAAUUAAGGUUAGUUUGAUAGAUAUUAAAUGAAUUUGAUUCUUUAAAACAGCAUGCACAAUCGACAACUUUUGUAUGUAUGUUAGUUUCGCAAAGUACAGUUGAAUAAUUAUUAACAAAAAAAAAAACAAAAAACAAAAAAACCUUGCCCUCUAUCAGCUCUCUUGCAAUAGAUAUUUUAUGUGAUCACUUUUCGAAAUGUAUGAAAUUAGAUGAAAAAUAAAAACCGAAAGCAAAUAACACGUGUUCACUCAAUAAAAGAAAAAUAAAAAAAUUAGAAGGCUAAAAAAUAACUAUUACCUAUCAUUAUAUCUUUCGAAAGAUGUUAUAUAAAACAGCAAAACUUUUGUGGAUGAAAUCCUUCAAAUUUUAAACGUAAAACUGCGAUAAAUAAAUAUAUAGUAAAUUAAAUUAGGCCACGUAAUAACUCACCUCGAUUUACUUAUCAUGUGCCUAUCAGUAAAUAUAAAAAUAAAAAAAGUAUGAAAUUUAAAUAUUAAACUAAAGUUAUGAACAGCCACUCAAAAUUUAUAAUAAUAUUAAACCAUAUUGAUAUUGUUUGUUUUUGUUUUUUUUUUUCGUAAAAUUACUCCAUACACUAUAUAAUUUUUUUUUUGUAUUGAGCAUAUGAGUAUUUUUAACUCAACUUAUAAUAAAGCAUUUAUUUGUAAUUCAUAAAAUAUUAAAAAGUUAUUGAAUUAUUGAAAAAACUUGAUAUUAAGAAAUGUGACUUUCUUUAUAGCAAAAAAAACUAUUUAAAUAUUCUACUUUAUACUAUUAAUGUUGUUUUAAUGUUAUAAACUUUUAUUAACAAACAAUUAUGUACCCACUUUAAUAAAUUUUAACCAAAGCAGAUGACAACAUUUCAGUAGAAAACUCUUAGAUUGCACAUAAAUACAACAUUUUAAGCAAAAACGAUUUAGUGAAAAACAAAUUUAGAAGCGAUAAAAGCAAAAAAGUGGAGAAAACCAUAAUUUUUCUAAGUAUGUAUGUAACUAUAACGUUUAAACGCUAUACAAAAUACCAAUAAAAAUAGUCACGAAAUAAAGUGUGAUAAUGAAAAUAAUGAAAAAGCAGUUGUCCUUCUGGUACAUGAAAUUUGUUAACUUAAUGCAUACAUAUAUGUAUGUACAUACGUAUAUAACGUUGGAUAUAUACAUAUUAGUUUUCGUUAUUAAAUAAAAUAUUAAGUUUACUCGAUGAAACACCAAUCAAAUUUUUUUACACUUAAAUACAUGAAUAAGCUCACAUGCCAUGUGAACUCAAAAUUCUUAAAAUAACAGUACGUAAAGUACAUCCAUCAUUGAAUACAGUACAUCUAACACAGAAUUAUACGUAAAUACAUGAAAAAAAAAAUGUAGCAAACUUUUAGCAGUCUCUCAUCCGUAAAGUUGUUUUACGAAAACAGUAUUGAGUUCAACAAAAAAAAAAAUAUAUAUAUAUACUUCAGCGAAAAAAACCCAAACUAAACAAAUACAACUGCAAUUUCAAACACAAUUCUCUACAGUUAGUUAACUGUGCUGUUUGUUGGAGAAAGGCAAAUAUAACAUUAAUGUCUGUACCAAAAAAAACUUAAACACAUUUAUUACUACAAAAAAAAAAAAAACCAUACGAAGGAAGAGUCGUCAUUUUAAGUCAACAUAGCAACAUAAGCCAAAAAGAAAAAAGUUAAAAAGUAAUACGAUUGAAUUUAACAGUAGUGAAAACUUGACGUGCAAAAGAGCAGCACAAAAGUCAUGCGUAUUUGAGUUCUUUAAAUAUAAAACGUAAUUAAAGUACUAUUUUGUAGGCAACACUUGCUAGGAAAAUUAUAACCAAAAAUAAGAAAAAAAAAAAAAAUUAUACUGAAUAUGUGUAAUGAAAUAUUUAGCAGAAGCACUUACAUACAUACAUACAUAACAGAUGUAGUAGCAGUUAUAAAGCAACACAAUUACAAUUCAUUUAAAAAGUUGGAACUAAACACACAUACAUAUAACAAAGCUGUUGGAGCUCGUUUUCCGCAAAUCUGAAGUGCAGUUUUUAACAGUGUCAAAGUUCGAAGCACAUACAGAAACGUAGAGAUUUGCAAACAGAAAAUGGCAUGGGAAAAAGCUCCAAGAUGCUGAUAGAAGCAGAGUUGACGUUAAAGAAAUGUAUAAGUAAAUUUAAGUUAGAAACUACAAACAUAUAUUGGAAAUAUUUCAAAUAAUACUAAUAAAGUACGUUUAAUUUAUAUGUAAUAAGCAAAAAUAUAUGAUAUAUACAUAUACUUAAUUAGUAAUGCAAUAAAUAUUUAAAAGUUGAACCAUACACAAUUAAAAAAAAAAAAGAGAACAAAAAAUAGGGUAAAAGAAGCUAGUGAAAUUUUCGUGGUGUAAUAUUGAAGUAUAACUCAGAUAAAAAAUAUUACAUUAAUAUACAACAUACACGUACAUAUAAAAACGCCAAGAAACCACUUAACAGCCUAAGAUUUUAACAACAUACAACAUAAAAUAUGAUGAAAAGGUUUAUUUAUAAGUUCAAUGAACAGUUAAUAUUUAUGGCAAAAUCGAAGGCAAGCGACUAAGUUAGAUGUGGAAAGAAAAGCAAAAAAUUUCAUUUUAUUAAUUUAAAAAAAAAAAGCAUUGAAAAACACAAACUGCCAAAGAACUAAGACGAAAGAAAACAAAUUUCGUUGUCCAAAGAAGGUAAAAAAAAUUGUAGGCCUGAAAUCCCUUCGAUUGAAGAAGAGCCUUAAGCAUAAGGCUAAACGAUAUCUUCGCUUAUUAAUUUUAUUUACUAACUGCGUUAUCCAUUGAAAGCUUAAAUUAAUAUUUAACAUAUAGAAAUAUCCUUUAAUAAAUUAUCCACAUUCUUAAAAGCUCAUUAGCACUGCUUGCUCACUCUUUUAUAUUUACAUAUACAUACAUACGAGUAUGUCUUGCUGUGAUUGUUUGUCAUUUUACAACAAAUUCUUUAUACAAAAUUUGUCACUAACUGACAUACCUAAAUUAGGGUGUUCAGCGUUAGACAACUGUCAAAAAUUUUGGAUUUGCUAGGCGCAUAGACCGCAGUCUAUCAAGUAACCUAACUCCCUUUCGGUUUCUUUUAUCAAUUGCCAAAAUUAUUCAUACAACUCUGCGCUUACAAGUAAAUAAAGCCACGAAUGACAAUUGAAAUGAAAAACGAGAUCGAUCAGCUGAUUACAGAUGUGAGCUCAAACCGAAAACAACACAAAAGUUUGCCUUAUUUGGAGGCUGAACAACGGUCAAUGUUGAAUAAAAAAAGAUUAAUAAAUUUUGACCGCGCUCUAUAUGAGUAAGUAAGAGUAAGAGUGUGUGAAGGAGAGAGCGUAUUUGAAGGAGAGUGCGAAAAAAUGGAAGAUGAAAAGAAAAAUAUUCAAAAAAAAAAUAAUUCCACUGCUGGAUGCCGGCUGAUAAAGUAAAGGUCGUUUUAUCUCGAUUAUAGGUAUGUCAGUAAGCCAGAUUUAGAUGUACUUCAAUUAGACGUUUAAGUAUUAAAGAAUUUCAGUAUAUUAUUUGCUGUAUUUUUAGUCAAAUUUUAUAAUAAAUUUCAAAAAUAUAAUAGCUCAAUUACUUUUAUAGUGAAUCGCCUGUUGGGAAAGUAGCACACUUGUCAAAGAUAUUGUGGCAUGUGUUGGGUAAUGGUUGCUUACUUUUUUGAAUACGGCCAUCAUGGCACAGACACACCUUUGCAAUGUUUGCGUACCCAGGUGCGGACCGUUCAAUGCGCCGUUAAAGUUGUCUUGCAGACAUGUAAUUUUCCUUGAGGACGGAUCGAUCCAUUUUGUAUUAAGGUCUGUUAAGACAUUUGCGAUUAAAUUUUCGUAGAUGUCGUCAUUAAUAGCCUUGCAAAGUGGACGCAUUCAGCGCUAACACAGAGAAUACAGUGAGUACAGUGUAUUGUUCCGCUCUCUCAGUUACCCACUUUGCCGCUCUCUCGAUCAUCUACACUCUCGCCCUGACUAGUUAAUCUUACACACAUAACCAUAUUGGUUAAACUGAUUAAAAUACCCCGAAAAACUGAACACAUGGGUUACUUUGAAUUUUCACAAACAAAUGACAAAUAAAUGUUAAAUCAGCUAUGAAAAUAAGUCAGAAUUACUUUCUUUUUAAAUUACUGUAGUUGCUCUCAUAUCACACGCUUUCAGAGCUUUCACACACACAGAUAGAACUUACAUCGCUUUUCGGUUUUACAAAAUAUCUGAAUCAUUUAAAAUGGUAUUACAGUAAUAAUUAAGGGUAAAAAAUAUUAUUUAUCCUAACGAUUAGUUAAUGUUUCAAAACAUAAAACAUAAUGACAUGAACAUGCCUAAAUCUAUAUAUAAAAAAAUAAAAAAUAAAAAUGUUUUAGACUAUGUAAACAGGUAUUAUUAGAAAAUUGGUAUACCACAACGUGUAAGCGCUGUUAUGUCUUGCCAUGUUGUGGUUACGUUUUCAUUAUGAGAAAAUGGCCAAAUAAUUAGGCAUUUUAAUAGUGACAAAGUCAAUGAUGUCAAAUUCAAUUUAAACAAAUAUUAACGAAUUAAACAAAUAGUCAUGUAAGUUGGUGUUGGAAUUUCAAAUUACUAUAAAAAUGUUAUUAAAAUGGAAUUACAAAAAUUUAUUAAUUACUAACAAUGUAGGACUUUAUAAAAGCAAAAAACAAAAAAAAUAGAUUUUUAAAAUACUUACAUACAUAUAUAAAACAUUCUCAUAUUUGUAUCCAAAAUAUAAAUUUAUGAUUGCAUGUAAACUUCAAGCCAAGUCAAGGUAAUUUUACAUAUUUCAAAUGACUCUAAUAAAAAAGUAUAUUACAUAUUCACAUAUUACAUGCAUGUUAGUAGUUAAAUGAGCGUAAGAUUAUUUAUAAUUAAGAAAAUGAUUGAUAUUGAAAGUUGCCCAAAUUUACCAAAUAAACUGCAGUCAACAACAUCCGGACUGCGGUUGAAAAAAAUUUAAUACGUUUCAUUAAACGUUAAAAAAAUACAAGAAAAAAAUUAUUAAAACAUAUAAUUAACUAAUAUAUAAUUAAUUAACUAUGUAAGAAUGAUUUUAAUAACAAAUUCAUAACCAAACCAAAAAAAAAAAAAACAAAAAAAGAAACCAAAAACAAAAACAUGGUAACAUAUUGAUGUUCAAAUGUAUAACGAGACAAUUAGGUUGAAAACCAAAUUCCAAAGGUUCAAUCGAUAAUAAAUAAAUUAAAUAUCUAUAAAAUCGAAAGAAUGAAAUUUUAGAUGGCCAAGUUCACAACGUAGAAAAUUGUAGAUCGCUGACUACAUGCAUACAUAUGUAUGUAUGUAAGUCAACUAGAAGUUUUCUGCACCUCGUGAUGCUGAGUAGUAAGAAUUCCUUAACAGUAAACGAAUAUGCUUUGAAUCUUUGAAAUACAUUAGAGUGAAAAAAAAACAUCUUUUUGAACUAAAAAAAAA